AUGCUUGAAUAUAUCAAAUCGUGGUUCGUUUCACCUCCAGUAUCGGCAGCAACGAAAGCUGAAAUUCAAAGCCUAAUUGACAGUAACAAAAUUUUAAUUUUUCUGAAGACAUAUUGUCCAUACUGUGAUUCAACCAAAAAUUUAAUAAAGUCCUUAACGCCUGACUUUAAAGUAGUCGAGUUGAACACUUCGAAUAAUGGCAGAGAAAUACAAGACGCUUUGCGUGAAAUGACGGGACAAAACACUGUUCCAAAUGUUUUUAUCAACAAGAAACAUAUUGGUGGCAAUUCGGAUCUUCAAGCUUUACAAGGCGCCGGCAAACUCAAGCCAUUACUUAACUAA